AUGGCCAACAAUACAUUUCCCGCAAUGACGCCCGCGCAGAACGUUGUCAUCGACACAUCUUCCCUCUCGGCAUCCUCUUCGUCGUCGGUCUGGGACCGCAUCUCGAAUUGGGUCUCGGAGAACAAGGCUGUUGUCUACACGGUUGCUGGUAUCGCCGUGGUCGUGACUGGUGGAACAGUGUAUUACCUUUCCACUAGCUCGCAAGAGCCUUCUGCCCCAAGGAAGAGCAAGAAAGAGAGGCGAAAAGAAAAGAAGAAGGCCGAAGAGGAGAAGAAGGUGCAGCAAGAGAAGCCUGCCGCGGAAGACAAGAAAGUCACGAUCGAAGAGCCCGAGGAACUCCCAGAGGUAGAUGAGACAACAGUUGAUUCUUUGUCAGAAGAGACCAGGAAAUCCUAUGCGCAAAAGCUCAAGGCCGCCGGUAACAAAGCAUACGGAUCGAAGGAGUACAACCGCGCAAUUGAGCUGUACGGAAAAGCCAUUAUUUGCAAGCCAGACCCGAUCUUCUACUCGAACCGUGCCGCUUGCUACAAUGUCUUGUCCGAAUGGGAGAAGGUGGUUGAGGAUACUAGCGCAGCCCUCGCUAUGGACAGCGAAUACCUCAAGGCUCUGAAUCGCCGAGCCAUUGCGUACGAGCAUCUGGAGAAAUACGAUGAUGCUCUCCUCGACUUCACCGCCAGCUGCAUCAUUGAUCAGUUCACCAACCGACAAAGCCGGGAAUCUUUGGAAAGGCUACUGAAGAAGGUCGCAGAGAAAAAGGCCAAGGAAAUAAUGGAGGCCAAGGGAAAGAAGCUUCCUGGUUCUACUUUCGUCACCAACUACCUUCAAAGCUUCCGUCCCAAGCCAAUCCCUGAAGGUCUCGAUGUUGAUGACCUGGAUGAGGCCUCUGGCAAGGGACAGCUGCGCAAGGGUUAUUUGGCCAUGGAGACAAAGACUGGUGAGGGCUAUGACGAGGCUGCACAAGCCUUUGAAAAGGCUCUUGAGCUGGGCGAUCUUGGCGAGUAUGAGGCCAAUGCACUGAACAUGCGCGCAACCUUUGCCUACCUGCAUGGAAAUGCGCUGGGCGCUCUCGAAGACCUCAACAAGAGUAUUGAGUCCCAGCCGUCACUGGUCCAGAGCUACAUCAAGCGCGCUAGCUUGCACCUCGAACUUGGAAACAAGGACGCUGCGGUUGAUGACUUUGAGCUUGCCAUCACGAACAACAAAGAUGACCCUGACAUUUACUACCACCGUGCACAGCUUCAUUUCAUUCUUGGCGAAUUUGCCGAAGCUGCCAAGGACUACCAAAAGUCGAUUGAUCUCGACCCUGCCUUUAUUUACUCGCACAUCCAGCUUGGUGUGACCCAGUACAAGCUCGGAUCUGUCGCCUCGGCCAUGGCUACGUUUAAGCGGUCUGUCAAGAAGUUUGAGGACGUUCCUGAUGUGUACAACUACUAUGGCGAGCUGCUCCUUGACCAGCAAGAUUUCCAGGGAGCCAUCGACAAGUUCGACAAAGCUAUUGAGAUGGAAAGCAAGACUAAGCCCACAGCCAUCAAUGUACUGCCUUUGAUCAACAAGGCCCUUGGUAUCUUCCAAUGGAAGCAAGACUCCAAGGAAGCUGAAAACCUCUGCCAGAAGGCUCUGAUCAUUGACCCCGAGUGCGAUAUUGCCGUUGGAACCAUGGCCCAGCUUCUCUUGCAACAAGGCAAGGUCGCCGAAGCGCUGAAAUACUUCACACGAGCCGCCGAGCUCGCCCGCACAGAAGGCGAAGUUGUUAAUGCCAUUUCCUACGCCGAGGCCACCCGCACCCAGCUCGAAGUUCAAGAAAGGUACCCCCAGCUUGCAGAACGCCUACAGUCGAUGGGAGCCAACUUUGGCGGUCCUCCGGGAUUCUAA